AAAAGUGCAAAAUAAACCCAGUGAAGAACAGGGAUGUAGUGGGCACAAUAAGGGAACACUGUAUCAACAUUCAUGGCCCCAGGCUAUUCAACAUCUUAAAAGAAGAUAUCAGAAACACAGCUGGAACAAGUGUAGAAGUUUUUAAAAGAAAACUGGACAAGUAUCUUCACCAGGUGCCAGAUCAACCAGGCACUGAUGGAUAUGUGGGGCAGCAGGCCUCCAGCAGCCAACAGCCUGGUUGACCUGGUAAGCACCAGACGAGCCUGGCCAAUGGCCAGACUCGGUGACAAGACUCUCAAAACUCAUCAAAGGUACAUCAAAGCAGAUGCAGCACAUCUUGAAGAAGCCUGGAGGAUGUUCCUGGGGUCAACGCCCCCACGGCCUGGUCCAUGACCAAGCCUCACAGUGGUUCAGGGUCUGAUCAACCAGGCUGUUACUGCCUGCCAUGAACAAACCGAUGACUAGCAAGAUAUGACUUCAUCCAAAGUUUGUGAAGGGCAAGAUCCCAUGCCUGAAUGGGUGAGAUGGAUUAGUGAGGAAGAGGUGCAGAGUGUGUUGACGUGGGAUCAGCUGUUGCCUGCUGUGCGUCGCGCACUGGUGGCCUACACCCUGGGUGCUCACCAUCCUCAGGGAGCUAUCCAGCCUCUCCGAACCAGGCUCAGCUUUCCUGAACCUCAAGGAGCAAUGCUAGUGAUGCCAGGAUUACUGAAAGAGGACUCAUUAGUUGUCAAGGUUAUCGCUCGCUUCCCAACGAAUGCAGCACGGGGUCUCAACCUCUCCAGUUGUCUGGUGAUGCUCAUGCAAAGUGACACUGGUCUUCCUACAGCAAUCCUAGAGGGUAAGACUAUCACAGAAUUCAGAACAGCUGCAGCCUCUGCUGUUGCAACCCUUGAAAUACUGCAGGGAAGGAAAGAACUGGAAGAUGGUUCCAUGAUAAUUGCAGUUUUAGGAGCUGGAGCACAGGGGCGCGCACAUGCCCGUGUUAUGGCACACAUUCUUAAGCCUAAGAAGAUUCUUCUUUGGGCAAGAAGGCUGGAGGCUGCUCAAGAGUUGUGUGCAAUCCUUUGCUCUGAAGGAAUCCCUGCAGAAGCUGUAUCAAGUGUACAGGAAGCUGUUGAAGAUGCUGAUGUCAUCAACUCUUGCACAUUUGCCUCUACUCCCAUCUUAAAGGCUGAAUGGGUUAAGCCAAGGGCACACAUAAAUAGUGUUGGAGCCACUACUCCAAAUCAUCAAGAGAUGGAAGAAGACCUAGUAAGAGCUGCAAAUAUUUACACAGACAGUUUUGAAUCUGCUAGGACUGAGUUAGGAGAUAUCAUUAAAGCUGGGGCAGAAGUGCUUGGUGAGAUUGGAGAAUUGAUUCUCCAUACUAAACCUGUGCUGAAUGACAAAAUUACAAUUUUCAAGAGUCUUGGUUUGGCUGUUCAGGAUGCAGUGUCUGCUAAACUUGUCUAUGACCUUUUGAAGGAGAAAACAACUCAGUAAUUUUAAAACAUCAUGGAGUAGCUUGAAAAGAAAAAUGUUUAUUUCAAGAACAACUAAAUGAUUUAGAUCUGACACAUUUGAACACUACUUUUUCAAAUCACACUGCCUAGGUGGGAAAUGGCUGGAAGUGUUAAAAAAAAAAUAUGACCACUAUA